AUGAGUAGUGGUAAUAAACAGCAAUCUUCGAAGAAAAAACAAAAAACUAUUAUUAGAGCUGCAGGUGGUGAAGUCUGGGAAGAUCCAACCUUAUUGGAAUGGGAUUUGAAUGAUUUUCGUUUAUUUUGUGGUGAUCUCGGUAAUGAAGUUACUGAUGAUGUUCUAUACAAAGCUUUUAGCAAGUACCAAUCUAUUCAGAAGGCUAAAGUUAUACGAGAUAAAAGGACAGGUAAAAGUAAAGGAUAUGGGUUUGUUAGUUUCAAAGAUGCUGAUGAAUUUGUGAAAGCAUGGAAAGAAAUGAACGGCAAAUAUGUCGGAAACAGACCAAUAAAAUUACGAAAGAGCACAUGGAAAGAUAGGAAUAUAGACGUUAAAAAUAAAAAACAUCAUCCUUAUAAAUAA